UCAAUAUACACUUACUUGGUUUUAUCGCUACGUGUUCAACUUGACGGUUCUUCUAGAGGAAAACAGAAUGAAUCAAUCACGAGGACAGACGCCUCUUCAACAGGGCAUGCAGAUACAGGGCAUGCAGAUAAACGGUAGCGUCGUUCGUCAUCCUGCUCAUAAUGCAGCCCCCGCCCCGAGGACAACAAGUGUUUCUACCGAAGCCCCUACAAUUCUUCAGGUGACUCCAGUCCUUCAAACUCCUCGAAGGACCCAAAGCCUUGCUGAGCCUGCUCGUCUUUACGCUGCUCAAGAGUUGCGCGACGCCAGUCAGGCACCUCCAAGUGCUCCUCGAGCGCCUCGCGCCGAUUCUGGGACAUCUUGUGCUCAUCAUCAGGCGCCUCCAAACGCCCCUCGUGCCCCUCGUGCAGAUUCUCCGCCUUCUUCUUCUCAGGCACCUGGAAACGCCCCAGACGCCUCACGAGCGGAUUUCCAGUCUCCCCAGGCCCCUCGAGACGCUCCCAGAGCCCCUCGUGCACAGGCUCCUUUACCCGCCCCCAUCGCAACUAUUCAACCAUCUCGAGCUCCUCAAGUUCCUCAAGCUCCUCAAGCUCCUCAAACUCCUCAUCUUGGAUUUGAGCCGGCUCGAGCUCCUCCUCAAAAUGCCCAAAGGGCGCCCCGGGCGGAAUACCACCCAUACCAGACUCCUCAGAACUCUCCCAGAGGACCCCCCAAUGCAGACUACAGCCCCUAGAAUUCCAGAGCCGUCCUCUCUAGCCGGCGAAGCGGACAUAUCUUCUCGUUACGGUUCUCAAACCCCCUACAAUGUACCACCUGGUCCUCCCGUUCAACCCCUCUUUGGACCAGCCACCUUUACCCCCCCGGGCGCCUUUCAGCUGAUGGACGCAUCAGCAUACAUUCAAGUGCUGCAAGAUUAUUAUCAGUGGCGCACCUCGGACCCGACCGUCAAUGCUUGGUACAUUGGCCCUCCCGAGCCUGAAGAAGUGCUCCGGCAUGGCAUGAUACUUCGUUUUCUGGACAGUUUACCCCCAACUCCUCCUAAUCCUGCUUUUCCUCCUGACCCUCCUCAGCUUCUUCGCAGAACUCGUCGUCGUCGAGGUACGGCUCAGACUUCUGAUGACUACGGUUCUUCUAAUCAAGCUGGUCAAUCUGAGGAGGCGGGAGCUACUAAUGUUGCGACUCAGGACGCCGAGUCUGCUCAGGGCAGACAAGGCAAACGGAACAGACGCGGCAGACGCGGCAGGCGUGGUAGGCGUGGCAAGAAGGGUGGCAAGGGCGAAGAGAGGAAUACGACUCUGGAGGCUCAAGAUGAAAAAGGUGAAGUAGCUGUGUUGGUUGAGGAUGCAAUUGUUGAGGAAACUGAAAAGGUUCAGGAGGAAGACGAUGAAGAAGUGACUGGCGAGGCUCAGGAUGGAAACGAUGAAGUGACUGGGGAGGCUCAAGAUGGAAGUAUUGAAGUGACUGGGGAGGCUCACGAUGGUGUUUUCUAGUUAGCUGGGCUUACACAGAUUGUUUGCAAAGUGGGCAGGAUAUGGUUUCUUUGAGUAUUUCUUUCGGUCGGUCUCGGUUUGCAAAGGUUUGCACAAAGUAUUAUUAGACAUGAAUCAUUACAGACACUCGCUACAGAGUACCUAUCUAGUCUAUAGUACAAUCACCUCUUCUCCUCUC